UGUUUGAACAUAAAUUUUGCUAUUGAAUUUCAGGAGAGUUAAAUAUAGAAUAAUUCAAUACUGUGCGAUAUGAUUUUAUGCUUCAUGUAUGCAUUAGAUAAAUGCCGUGAUGUAUCCUAAUAUAAUUACCAACAGUUUCAUAAAAUGUGUCGUGACUGUGUUCUUCUUUCAUGUGGGAGUGGUUGAAUGUCAAUUACUCUGUACAUCAUCAUCCACUACUUGUCCACCGCAUAAACCAUAUUGUACAGCAGGUAGAUGUGUCUUCGAAUGCCCAGAAUCAGCCUAUGUAAAUGGAACGGAAUGUGUUGCUGAGUGUGGAAUUCUCUUUGUAUUUAAUAAAACAUGUGUGGACCAUUGUCCUAGAAAUACGAUUUUAAGAGAGACACCAAAGCUUCUCGGAAGAGAAAUCUACAUUGAAAAACUAUGCGUGACCUCGUGUGAUCGUCACGAAUAUAUUUAUAACGGCACAUGCGUUAAAGCAUGUCCGCCGACGCAUAAGUACAUAAACGAAAAUAAUUGUACAACAUCAUGUCCACAAAUUAUGCCAUUUAUCAGAAAUGAAACAGUAAAUGGAAUAUCUAUUCAUAAAUGUGUAAAGGAGUGUGAAUAUCUAAUCGAAGACAACUUCUGCACCAAAGAUUGUGUCCGGAACAAAUAUAUCUUUAAUUCUAGUUGUGUAGAUCAGUGCCCAGCUUCACAUUCUUUUUUAUAUAACCAGUAUUGUGAGCAAACGUGUCCCGGUAUGACUGUGAUAUUUGGUAGUAACACAUGCUUGUUCAGAUGUCCAAUAGAUUACCCUUACGUUUUCAAUAACAGGUGUGUUAAUCGUUGUCCGAAUGAGAGCGCAUAUGCUGUAUCAAAACAUAAUGGACUGCAUUGUUCGACAGAAUGUCCACCAAUGAUGUUUAACUACGAUUUUACAUGUGUUGAAAAAUGUCCUAAUGGAACGGUUAUUGACAAUAAAAUGUGCAGAUCACAGUGUUCAAAACAUCGUCCGUACUCAUGCAUUUUUCAAAAUAACAAUCCAUGCAGCGUAGAUAUUCAUGACGUUGCCCCAAAUCAAACAAUGUGUCUUGAGUUUUGCCCUGCAAAUAUGUUCACGCAUGAUAUGACAUGCGUAUCCACUUGUCCUAAUAAUACAGUGUUUGUAAAUAGAACAUGCCUCUCCGAAUGCCCACAUAAUUACCAUUUUAUCAUUCAACGGACAAUAGCCGUAAAAUGUUGUCAAGAACUAUAUCGGAACUGGGAGUGUCUACUUGAAUGUCCAACAGGAACUUUUCUAUUUAACUCCACAUGUGUAUAUGCGUGUCCAAAUUUUACAUUCACAUUUGGCAAUUCAUGUGUGACUGAGUGUCCUAUAGAUCAACGAUUACUUCUUCAGAGUAGAAAAACUGUUACUCAAUGGAAACUAAGAGAAAAUGGUUGGGAUUCAUUGAACGGCACUGUGGAUGCAGGGUUUAUUUGUUUAAAAUCGUGUCCGUCUGACAAAAAGAUAUAUAAUGUCACAUGUUAUGAUCAAUGUCCAGCAAAGUUAUAUCUGAAUGGCAACGAAUGCGUUGAUAAAUGUCCUCCUGAAAACCCAUAUGAAUACAAAGAAUAUACACCAUGGACUUGCAUUCGUUCUUGUAAAGAUAAAAAUUCAUUUUUUCAUGAUGGAUUGUGUACGAGUAAUUGUCCUGAACCUCUCAUUGGCUACGAUGGUUUAUGUACUGACAAAUGUCAAGACGGUUUUAUUUGGUGGUAUGAAGAAUGCUCAAAAAGAACAGAUGCUGUAAAGACGUCUGCUAUAACAUUUGGAAUCGGCAUCAUGUUAUUGGGUUUAGGAAUGAAUAUAGUAAAAGAAUACUUCACUUUCCUAUACAUGGCAUUGCGUAUGAAACCCCAUCAUAAA